AUUCCUUAGUGGUGGUUGAGUCAAAACAUGAAAAAUAACCCAUCUUUUUUUCACCCAAAAAUUCACUCCUCUCCCAACCAGAUAUGUAUUGUUGCAAGAUAAUAUCACUAGCAGCACCGAAACGAAAUGAAAUGAAAAGAGAAAUCGAGCAAGAAUUAUGAUAAUAAUUACGUCAGAGACGAAGACACAAAAGAAGCCGCCCCAAUUCCCAGACCCUCUUUAUUAUCACUUUCAUCAUCCUAUCUGCUUCUGUUCUUCUCCUCCUCCUUGCUCUACUGGAUAAUCAUACACUUUUCUUGUAUUAUUAGGCUUACUUUUUCAAUUUGGCUACUUACCCUUCACCUCAUUCUUGAUAAAGAUUGCAUUUUUAUUCACUUUCUUCAUUAUCUUCAUCCUCAACUAUUAAAAAAGUGUCAAAGAUUGAAACUUUGUUCCUAGAGGAAGGUUGAGGGAUGGAUAUGAUGUAUUACCCACUUGGGAGGUAUUCUUGUGGUGACUCUUUGAAGGUCUUGGAGGCUGAUAUUCAACAUGCUAAUUCUCUGGCUGCUUCUAUUCCAAGAGGAAAAGGCGGUUCUCACCUUCAAAUGAAAUUAGUGUACAAUCACUUGGCACCGCUCCUCCUCUUUUUGCUCCAGUGGAUUGACUGUUCAUGCACGUGUCUACUACCGAAUUAUCUAAAUCUUUUCCACGUGCUUGUAUAUAAGGUUCAAAGAGAUGGAAAACCGAAGAUAUCUGGACGUGGGAGAAAGGCAACCAUUAAAGACUUCUAUGCUGUUAUAUUGCCAUCUCUGCGGCGACUCCAUAAUGACUUGGAGCUAACUAACAUUAAGGAUGAGAAACCAGAAUUGGGAAUCAUUAGCAAGAAGAAACUAGAAGCGGAAACUAGCUUCUCCAAUAUUGAUCUUGAGAGAGAAGAUGAAUGUGGCAUAUGUUUGGAGCCUUGUACCAAAAUUGUCUUGCCUAAUUGCUGUCAUGCGAUGUGCAUUAACUGCUAUCGUGAUUGGAAUGCCAGAUCAGAAUCAUGUCCCUUUUGUCGUGGUAGCAUAAAGAGAGUCAGGUCAGGAGACUUGUGGGUUCUCACCUGUGGCAAUGACGUGAUAGACAAUGAUACCGUUUCAAAGGAAGACUUGCUGCGCUUUUACCUAUACAUCAACAGCCUCCCAAAAGAUAUCCCAGAUGGUCUUUUCUUCAUGUACUAUGAAUACCUGUUUUGAUUCAAAAGUGGAACGAAUGUUGUAUAGAUAGAACAGCCGACUCAUAGGUGUACAUAGAGUCCGGCACAAAAACCUCGUUGUUGUUUCGUGUUAAACUUGUGGGUGGUCAAUAAGUAUCCAAGCGAUACAUUGUCAUGGUUAAUGUCAGUCCUUUUGUUUCUGGAA